GGGGCUGGGAGGGAGAUGUCUGACGAUUAACGUGUUUAUUCGUGAUUUUCUUUGGACUUUUGUGACUGGAAGAAAACCCGGGUCAGUGUUAGAGUUACGUUAGGGUUUGGCUCGUUGCAAUCAGCCGCAGGUAGCGGUAAACUGAAGCCACUUCUAAAUGUUUAAAACUGACAUUCAAAAGUGACACAUCUGGCUCUGUUAACUCGUUAGCUAACGAAAAAAAAGAUAAAUAAUUGGUAACCGAUAAUGUUUGCUAAAGUGAGACGCUGAAGCAGAGAAAAGUUCCCAGGCUUUUGCAAAUGGAUUCAGGCAAAGUUGUGCACAGAAGAAAACCGGACAUUCCCGUAAUAAGACCAAGAGCAGCAGAAAGGAACCCACAGGAGGUCGGUGCUAAAAGUCUUGAACUCAGUAAGGUGAUUCGUCUUCUUGAAGAUCCUUUGACAGCUAACUUGAAGGAGAGGCACCUUUUUGUCCUCAAGAAACUACUGAAGAGAAGCCAAAUUGGCUUUCUGUUGAAGGAGCUAACAGCCAUAGCCAAAAUACUCAACAUCUGCGCUGAGAAAGUGAAGGAUCACCCUGAGUAUGUGCUCAUUUUGUGCGAGGCACUUAAGAUUUGUAGGCUUCCCUUCCUGAAGGAGAAAGCAUCUGAUGAGCUGAACUACGCUCAGGACGUCAUAGAGUUCCUCUCCCACAUGGGGUGUCUAAUGAGGGUGUCAGAUGCUGAAGUGAGAAGGCAGACAGUUGAAUCUGUGAAAUCAUUCUACAGCUGUGUGGCUCCUAAACAGCUGCUCGACGGGCUCCAGCCGACCUCUCCAGGCUACAGGCUGCAGCUGCUGGAGCUCAGUGACCUGGCUCAGACGCUGCUCCUCUCCAUGGCCACGCUGGAGAACCAGCCAGCCAUCAAGCUGCAGCUCCUGCAGACCCUUAAGAUCCUCACAGACUCCUCUGAUAUGAACUGUGCUUUAAUACUAAAGGCACGAGGAGCAGAGACAAUCUGCCUUCACAUGAACGAACCUGACCCGUCCGGUCAGGUCCUGUUCCACUCCUCUGAAAUCCUCUGGAACCUGCUGGAGAGAGGCAGCAAGGAUGAGGUCACUGCUCAGCUCAGCAUCAUGGAGUGUGUUGUAUCUCUGAAAGAAGCAUUUUUUCACCAGCUGAUGAAUGGCUCCCGAUCGUCUGACCUCCAACUCAGAAAUGAUCUGCUUGUGAUCACAACUCUCGUUGCUGAAAAUCCCAACUCUCUGCUCAUUGAGAGUUUAUUUGCCAAACAGCUCAUUUCUUUCGUCACAUUUCCAGAGUUGAAAACUCCCAACCCUCUGGUCCGCAACUUCAAGCUCAGCUACAACAACAAAGAUUUGAAAAUGAAGAAGUUGCUGUUGAAUCUGUUGGUUUUAAUGUCAAAGGAUUUCGCUGCCCUGCAGAUUUAUAAGGAAGAACAUGUUAUGUUGGCUCUGCUGACGCUCGUGAAGCCGCCCGCUGCCUCGUCUGAGCGCCAGUCAGGUCUGCGUCACUGGUCCGCCGUCCAGCAGGAGGAGCUUCAGCUGCAGGCACUGGCUACCCUCGCCACCAUCGCGCCACUAAUGGUGGACGAAUACAAGUCAUGUCAAGGAAACGCAUGCCUGCUGCUCCUGCUGGACUGGUGCGUCGGACAAGAUGCUUACUUUGGUCAGGGAAACAGUUUCCAUGGCACUGGAGGCAGAGGCAGUAAGAAGGCUCAAAUGCGGCACAGCAUCAGAGUACUCAGAUCUGUGACGUCUUUAGGUGAAGAGUCAGUCAACCAGGACCUUUGUGAUCAAGGAGCCAUCAAUCAUCUUCUGGGGAUUUUGAUGCAGAUGGAAAUGAGUCCUGAGGAGGAGGAUGUAGUGACACUGGAGAUAAAGUCAGACAUGCAGCUGAUACUUUCAGUACUGUGUGAGACCGACAUGCACAGAAAGGAACUGUUUGGGUCAGAGGGAGUUGAGAUGGCAGUUCAUUUCCUGAGGAAAGGUUCCGACAAGUUCUACAGCGGUCUGGGACACAACAAGCUCAUCCUCUCCACAGUUGACUGUGUCUGGUCCUGUAUUGUAGGCUGCUACACUACAGAAGACUACUUUUUGGCUAAAGAAGGGGUGUUUCUUCUGCUUGACUUACUCGUUUCGAGCCCCAGAUGCGUGCACGGCGUCGUCCUCGCCACCCUGGUGGAAUUAUGUGACAACCUGAACACAUUGUCUCACAUUCUGAGCUGGAGGGAUGAUGGUGGUCAGACGGCUCCCAGACUCCUGCUGCAGCUGUGGAGGCAGGAGGAGGAGGACCUGGGUGUCAGCCGAAACCAGCACGGAGGGAUUACAGAUCCCCAGAGGCCCAUCCUCAGUCAUUACCAGCAGGAGAGCAACCAGCUGUCUUUUCCUGCUAACAAACCGAGCGCAGCAGUGCUUGAGAUAUCAGAGAACCUGCGGGCAAAGAUCUACUCCAUCUUCUGCAAACUCGGUUUUCAGGACCUCCCUGGAUUGUCAACAAUAGAUUAUGUGACUUUGAGUAUCAUCAGGAGAUACCUUGACUUUAAGGUCGGUGAGGUAUGGAACGAGAUCAGCAGGGAACUGAUUUUGGAUGGUGUGAGGCCAGUCAGCCCUGAUGAGGAGUCCCUGAGCACCAUCUGUAAGAUUGCCGAGGACACUGCGAGGAAGGUUGCAGCAGAACAAAACAGCAUCCUGGAGCAACAGGAGAAGGAGAACAUCAGCGAGGAGGAGCUCAUGUACGCAAAGAUAAAGUCUCAUUGGAAGCAACAGGAGCUUGCUGCGAAGUCAUGGGAUAGUUAUGUUUCCAGAACUUCAAACUAUGAAAUCCUGAAGGAAGUAAAAGCACAGAGGGAGAAAUAUAUUGAAUCAUCCAGACCCAAACCAAAGCACGAGGAUGCUGUAGUUCAUCCUGCAGAGCAUUUCAUUGGGCAGGUCAUAGCAGUACAGAGCACAGAUGCUCAGGGGCCUGCAGGAGUGAAGCUGACAUUGGCCCGAGCUCCAAUCAAGGCUGCAGUUCAGGACGAGUUGGAUCCAACAACACAAGACCCAGAGUACUUCAGCACCGUUGUAUCUGUCAAAGACUGAUACUGCUUUAAUACAAGCCCUUUACAUUAUUAUUGCACUUUUAUUUUAUAGUUUGUUUUUUUAUUUACAUCCAUAACAGACCAACAUUAGGAAUGUAUUAACACAUUUAUAAUGAAUUAUUGUUUAUAUUUCUAGUACAUAUACUAUAUAUUUUCCAUGGCUGUAGAUAUUGAAGUGAAUUGGCAGCAAAUGCAGACAUGACGUCACUUGAUCUGCACAAUCAGUACCUUGUAGUCUAGUCCACCUCCCAGCCCCUUCUAUAGACACACACACACACACACACACACGACAGACACACACACACACACAGCUGCAGUAAACUAGUUGGCCUUUGUGUUUUAUGAAAUGUUUUAUUUCAGCAUGUCCUAUGCACAGUAUAACUGUUCAAAUUCAUGUAUAUUGAGUGACUAAGAUGGAGUGAACCUAACACAAAGGCAUUUUAAUAUGGAGAAUUUAAUUAACAUCGAGAGUAAUGAAAGAAUUGGAUUUGUAAGGGCUAAGCAUUUGUAAAGCACUGUUGUAUUCUACAUUUUCACCUUUUCUUCCCACAAUCUUCCGAUCAUUAAACCUAUAAUUGCGACACUUGGAAAUGUUUCAAUGCAUUCGAUCUCCAGCACGCUACAUGUACAUAACCAGCGGAGCAACAUGGACAG